AUGGACACCAAGGACUCCAAUGGGAAAGAUGGUGGAGGGUUCAGGAAGAGGAACUUGACAUUUCUCAAGAGCAGGCUGUACAUGUUGGAGAGAAGGAAAACGGAUACAAUUGUUGAACAUGCUGUGAAUGAGGACUAUGGGAAUACGGGCACAUUGCGCAGGAGUCAAUCUGACAGGACGGAGUAUAACCAAAAACUUAAAGAAAAGAUGGCACCUAAUAUUCCAGCAUCAGCUCCAACCUCACCAAUGCAAGACCCAGAAGAGCUCCAGAGGAGGAAAAUGGACAAGAGAGCCAAAAUUAUUGCUGAGCUGAUACAGACUGAAAAAGAUUAUCUGACUGACCUGGAACUCUGCAUCAGAGAAGUUGUCCAGCCACUCAGACAACACCAUUCAGAACACUUUGAUGUGGAUGCCCUAUUCAGUAACAUUGAGUCCGUUUGCCAGAUAUCGGCUAAAAUGGUGUCCCUGUUGGAAGAAGCCACAGCAGAUGUGGAACCAGAGCUGCAAGUGAUAGGUGAAUUGUUUUUGGAGAUCAAAUGUCCACUAGAAGAGGUGUAUAAGAUCUACUGUUAUCACCACGAUGAAGCCCACACUCUACUGGAGUUCUAUGAAAAAGAUGCAGAAAUGAAGGAUUAUCUAAGACAGUGCACACAAUCAUUAAAAAAAAUAUAUGAAGAGCAAGGUAAACCGAAUCUGCUAGACAUGGGAUCCCUGAUGAUUAAGCCAAUCCAAAGAGUCAUGAAAUACCCUCUGUUACUUUGUGAACUACUGAACUCCACUCCCUCAUGUCACCCAGACUACAGGACACUGCAGGAAGCCUUUACAGCCAUCAAAGAUAUGAAUGGCAACAUCAAUGAACUCAAGAGAAGGAAGGAUUUAGUGCUGAAGUACAGGAGGGUAGAUGAAGAAGAAUCUCUGAAAGACAAACUUUCCAAGCUCAGUAUUCACUCAAUUACAAAGAAGUCAAAGAGAGUGACCAGCCACCUGAAGAUCCUGACUGGUAGAGAACAGGUGAAAGAUCAGAUAUUCAACAAAGAAGAAAAAAUAUUUAGAGGCUUGGAAAAGACUGUUAAAUCCUGCCUUAAGAACAUUUCAUGUACACUCCAGCAUAUGCAGGAUGCGUUGCCUUUGGCUGGCCAAAAUGUUAUUGAACUACAAGAUGUAUUGCAUGAUGACACCCAAGAAAGUCAUGAAGAUUUAAACCUGCAAAGCAGUGUAGGAGUACAGUAUGAGCAGCUGUCUAAUAAACUGGAGCGACUGGUCUGUACACCACUUAGUGCUUUGCAGUCCAUGUUCCCAAUGCCUCAGAAGCUGAUACAGAAACGCUAUGAUAAACUCCUGGAUUACCACAGCUACCUCCAGAAACCAGCUGAUUCUCAGCUUGAUCUGGCAAAGAAGGACUAUGAAGCUCUUAAUGCGCAGCUAGUAGAAGAACUUCAAGUGUUUAACCAGGCAGCAAGAAGCAUCUUGUUCAACUGCUUGUAUUUCUUUAUCACUCUUAUGAGAGAUGUCAUGGCUGCUACGAUGGACUCAUGCUCACAUGCUUCUGACAGCUUUCCACUUAUCUCCAAUGUGAAUGAAGUUCAGCAACGAAUCAUGGACGAGCUUCACAAUCUAAACUUUAUGAAGGAAAAUAAUAGUGGCACGUUUAUUGAGAGAAAGCUGAGCUUUGAGAGAAAGAAGACAUUAUCUCCACUGCCUGAACUACCUCGACAAACUGAGAGCCACAGGUGCAAGCUAUUGUCUACCUAUGGCGCGGAUAAAAUUUACCAAGCAAAGCGCAAGUGCAACGCUUCCCAGGAACUUGAUAUAGAUCUGUAUGAGGGGGAGCUGGUGGCUAUUGUGGAGUACAAGGACCCUUUAGGAAGUACUAGCAGGUGGUUUGUGGACACAGGAAUUCUACAAGGCUAUGUCUACUCCUCCUUCCUAAAACCCUAUAACCCAGGACGGCAACAGAAAGAUUCAUCGGACAGUGCUUUCUGUGAAGACGAUUUUGAUGACCUAAGUCUGUUUGUCUCAUCCCGACCGUCUCGUGACAGAAACAGUCAUGCAUCACAGGGUAGUGCGGGAGAUAGCAGCCCAUCCUCCAAUGGAGAUGAUGAAAAACAAGAGAUAAACGAAUUAGAUACAGAAGUCUACCAAGAUGCCGAUAAUGGUCAUAUUUUUUAUGCUGUUUAUGCUUUUGAAGCGCGGAGUAAACAGGAACUCACCCUUGAAGAGCAUCAGAGAGUCAGAAUCAUUAAGUUCUGUGACCUAAGUGGAAAUAAGGAGUGGUGGCUUGGAGAAGCAUAUGGCCAAAGAGGUUAUGUGCCGGCAAAUUAUCUUGGGAAGAUGACAUACGCAUAGACGUGUUCUCUCAUAGGAUAAUAUUCGUUUUGCUCUUAAGAAUCCUAUCCAAUGUGAAGGAUCUAUUUCCUGUGUUUAAGGUUUCAAAGUAUGACCAAAAUAAUGUGACACGGUACCUGAAGUCAAUGUGCCCACUGACAGGUUAAACUGAUUGUAAUCGCUACAGAGCAAAAAUAGUUCUGGUUUAAAGCACUUAUAUGUAUGAUGUCUAUAAUAACAGUGUAAUAUGGUGUAUGAUACUAAAAUAGCGCAAAGUGUAUGAAGUAUGAUCAUUGAACUGAACUUAAAGGGAACAUGUCACCAGUUUUGUGCUGCCCAAACUGCUGGCAGAAUAAAACUGGUGCAGGCAACGCGUUCAAGACACACUACGAUUUACUCUGAAACACGUGAGCAUUUCAAUGUGGUCAUUGGGGCGGGUCCUGGCGGCAGCCCUCUGCCCUAUACAUGGAUAUACUAUACACAGAUAGGGACGUGUCACUCACUGCUUGCAUGGUGGAAAGCAGCCGCCGGGACCGACCCUUGUGACUAAUUCUGCAUAUGUAAACUAUGAUUUUACUAAAAUGCACAAGCUUUUCAGAGUAAGGGUAUGUUCACACUGCGGAAUCCCCGCGGAAUUCCGCGAGUAAAAGUCCGCACAGUGAACAAUACCAUCAGUGUGAAUGGGUCUUCCGCGAGAUCUGCUCACAUUGCGGAAUUUCAGCGGCGGACAACUCCGCCGUUGAAAUUGUUCCGCGCAAAGAAAAAACAUGUUCAUUCUUUGCGCAGAAGUCUGCGAGCACUGCAUAUCCGUCAAUGGUGACGGCGCAGUGCCACGCUGUUCUACCGCCGCCGGCUGCCAGUCUGAAUCACCGCUCGCUGUAUUCUGUGAGAGGAGAUUCCGUUCACACUCUGUAGUGUGAACAUACCCUAAAUGAUAGUGUGUAAUGAUUUUGCUGCCUGCAGUUUGGCCGUCACACAUCCUCCCAUAGACAUGAAUGGAGGGGGCGUGACGUCACGUCCCCAGUCCCGGAAACCCGGAGGUUUCCGAAACUGGAGAUUCAGCGGCAGGGAGAUCGCAGGGGUCUCAGCAGCGUGCCCCCCACGAUCAGACAUCUUAUCCCCUAUCCUUUGGAUAGGGGAUAAAACAUUUUGCCCAGAAUACCCCUUUAUGUACCCCAAACCAGAAUAGUGAAUAUGUCUACAAGAAGUCAAUCUACAGACAGUCUUAAAGACUUCCCCCAUGGUUUUUAUGCUUUAGAGGAUCGGGCAUGCCUGUGUAUAACAAGGAGAACCCAUUCAAUUUAAUUGGCACCAUGUAAUCCAAUAUUUCUCCUGUGGUGGCACAGUUGGAGAAUUUAACCAUUACCACUGGGUGCCUGAUAAACAAAUCUGACAUAUUUAGUGCCUUAUAUAUGAGCUUUUCCUAAACUUAACUUGAAGUGACAAAAGUUUAGUAUUAUUGAAUGAGAUGACCUGAUGUUGGGUUUGCCCAAUGUGUUGCAGGGGUGAGGGUCCAGAAAUAAGCCCUAGUGUUUCUUAUUGGGAUUAGGAGAUCCUAUUUUUGAAUUUUAGACAGUGCUCAUGUGAUACCAAAACUACAUUGGAGUAGCCAGGAUUGUAGGAGGGAAUCAUUGUACUUUCUAGACAUUUCAGAAUGUCACAUGAAGUAAUGCUGCUGUUUCAGAUAUAUUUUAGGAUUUUUUAGAGGUAAUUUGCUAUUUAUAUUAUUGAUUAAAUCUUGGAUAACUUUUAUUGUGCAAUUACAUCAAAAUAAGUUAAAAGGAAAAUACAAGCUGCAUAAAAGUUCUACUGUUUGUAAAGUACAGAAGACGUAACAUAUCAUGUCCAUGUUUGUCCAUGUCCAUAACCAAUUUUGUCGAUAGAAUGUACCUGGCAUUGCACCUCAUUCAGAUUCACUUCCUAAGCGUGAGAUGACGUUGUAAAGUGAAACUCCAGACAAGUAAAAUGGUGACCGAUCUUUUAAUUCAUUUUAGGGUACUACUUGUUACCUUAAAAUUCUGAGAACUCUCAUCUCAGUAUUACCAUUAUUCAGAGUGACUGGGGGUUAGAAGGGCAAGAGGAUCGUGAGGUAAAGCUUUAGCCAAUAUCUGCAGAACAGGAAGUCCAGUAUACAGCCCAGUAAGAUUCCGCCAUAUUAUUUCAUGUUGUGUUAAGGAUCUAUAAUGACCAGAGCACCACAAAAAGUUGAAUUUGAGAGACCAAAAUAAAGGAGUUAUAGUCAUGGUUGGUUACAUGACAUUAAUACCUCCAUCCAAAAAAGUGCUGGUAAAAAGUGUACUUACCUUCCUUAUUCCUACCACUGCUGUUCUCUCAGAGCCAGUCCUGUCACAAAGCACUUCUUGUGGUUGGGGUUGGUGCACCCCCCCCAAUCAGAGGCAGGACACCAACAUGGCCACUGAUUAGCUGAGUGAUCAAUAAAUGCACCAACUCCAAACACAAGAAUCACUGUGCAGCAGGACUGGCUAUGGGAGAAAGGUGGUGGCCAGAAUAAGGGUGUUAAGUUUAUGUUCUAUGUGGUUUCCAACAGUACAGCACAUUUUUUUUUUACAACUCAAAAUACCCCUUUAACUAUAAAAAUAUGGCAAGAGUUUCAUCCUAGGGUUGGGUUUAGGAAGGCGCAAACCUUUUAUUAUAGUCUCUCUCUGUUUUGCCUUCACUCCUGGUUUGAGCUAAAAAUAUAGAACAAAAUGCAGACCAAAAUGCUACAGACGAACACAGUAUAUACAUUCCUUCUUAUACUACCAUUCUUUGAAGGAGGGAAGCAUCCUGAGAAUGGGUUAACAGAAGGGAACUGUACGCAGAGUUCACAUUCUUACUAUCAAGGCCACUUUCCUAUUGUAUACUUGGUUUACCAGGGGAGCAGUAAAAUUCUUAUCCAUCACUUAUAAGGUCAUGUCUCAAGCCAGUAACCAAUAACACUGAAUCAAGAUUCUGACAGCACUUGGGUUGGCUUCUACUCCUGAUAAAAUGCUCUUACAUGUUGCAGCCAUCCUUCGUUACUUCUACAAGCCUCAGCCCUUCUCCUAUCUUUAUUUCCCAGGAAUGGAAAGGGGCCUGUACCUAGAGGAGAAGUCUAAACAAGACUUACAUCAUUAAAAAACAAAUCUGGUGCAAAAUCUGUGCCUAAGGCUGA